AUGGCUUCCUACGGCCACCCUGCGCCGGUCGCCGCCCCGAGACAUGGCCAGGCAGUCACUUACGGCGCACCUAUUCCGGUGGUGCCAGGUUCCGGCGCUCCUGUCGGCACCUUUGCGCCCGGGACCAAGAUCCAGGUUGGCAGCCAUCGCGUGGUGAUCCAGAAGUACCUGUCAGAGGGAGGCUUCGCCCAUGUCUACCUCGUCAAGCUGCCCAAGCCGGUCGACGGCACGGACCUGGCCGUGCUGAAGCGUGUUGCUGUCCCGGACAAGGACGCCCUGCGAGGCAUGCGCACCGAGGUUGAGACCAUGAAGCGGCUCAAGGGGCACCGCCCAAUCGUCACCUACAUCGACUCGCACGCCUCAGAGCUUAGGGGCGGCGGCUACGAGGUGUUCCUGCUCAUGGAAUACUGCAACGGCGGCGGCCUGAUCGAUUUCAUGAACACUCGGCUACAGCACAGGCUCACCGAGCCCGAGAUCCUCCAGAUAUUUACCGACGUCGCAGAGGGUGUUGCGUGCAUGCAUUACCUGAAGCCCCCAUUACUCCACCGCGACCUGAAAGUCGAGAACGUCCUCAUCAAUGCGACGGCCUCGAAAAAGAAGUUCAAGCUGUGCGAUUUCGGCUCCGCUGCUCCGCCGAGAGCUGCCCCAACAACUGUCGUCGAUUGUCGGCUGGUGGAGGAGGAUGUCCAGAAGCACACGACCAUGCAAUACAGGAGCCCGGAGAUGAUCGACGUGUACCGAAAGCAACCUAUCGACGAAAAGUCAGAUAUAUGGGCGUUAGGCGUCUUGCUGUAUAAGCUGUGCUACUACACAACCCCCUUUGAAGAGCAGGGCCAGCUUGCCAUCCUCAAUGCAAGCUACAGGUUUCCCAGCUACCCAGCCUUCUCGGAUGGGCUGAAAAGGCUAAUUGCAUCCAUGUUAAAGGAGAAUCCGCAGGCCAGGCCAAACAUUUAUCAAGUCCUAAAGGAAGCCUGUGCCAUGCAGGGCCGCGAGGUUCCCGUUAAAGAUAUUUACACAGGGAAGUCGAGGUCGGAAGGACGGCCUCAGGAAGCCCCUCGGCAAGAACCCGCCGCUGCCGUUGUCGGAGCUGUGUUCUCGCCACCACCACAGCAUGAGGCAGUCAUACCGGAUAUCCAACCCAUGCGGCGGGGCAGGCCACAGGCUUCGGCUCCGCGCCCGAACCCAUCUCCGAAGCCAACGCCCAUGGCGGGCACUGACGGUGACCCUUUCGCUGCGCUAGACGCCAAUGCCAGUUUGAAAAGUGGCGACGAGCUGUCGACUCGAUUUCCAACGCUCGAUCAGUUUUCGAUAUUGCAUGAAAAGGGCGUUGCCUUUGACUUUGACAGUUCCAGUUCGCCAACGGUUCCGAAGAAGGAUGGCGGAAAUGUAGCAGAUGAGGCAUUUGUCGUGCCUCAGAGCCAGCUCUCGCAGCCGCCAUCAAACAGUAGGAUAUCGGUCGAUGUGAACCGCGGCCCCACCUUGCCCUCGUCAUCGCCAGAAAGGCAGUCUACUCUGCCAAUGAAGCCAGUGAAGAGCUCGUCUGCUCCCCCUAAACCUACCGAGAUGAGCCGCGCAUCAGCUAUCAUCAAGAACACACCAGAGCUGCAAGCCAUCUCCUCGGGCUCAGCCCAGGGUUUUCAAUCUACUCCCGCUCGCUCAAAUAUGGUAUCAACGGGCACGAUGACGACUCCACCUCCAGAACGGCAGGCCUCUACUACUCCGUCGCAGUACCAGAUAUACCGCUUCCCCCCAAACGACCACCGACGGUCCUCGAGCGUCUCGAGACAGCAGCAGCAGCCCCAGCAACCGCUUCAGGACAUUCCACUGCCAAUCCGCACGGAGUCUCCGGCCUUGCGGCCUGCCGCAUCCCCUCGCAUAUCGUCCUUCCAGGGCCACUCUCGGCAACCGUCCUCGUCAAGGCCUUCACUUGAAGGGGGGCGGCCCAGUUUGGAAACCUUGGAGCCCAUCACAAAAUCGAGGUCGAUUUCUGGACGUCCGCGCCCAGUGAGCACCCAUCUCGAGUCUAACUUGGAUUUCCUUCGCGAGCAGGAGAAGAACUCGAAGCCAUUAGGCUCCCCAGUCCUUCCCUCGCCGAAACUGCCUCCUGCAGAAAGAGCACCGUCACCAAGUUUACUUGACGACGACAUGAAUAUCGAAUCGAAUGUUGACUUCCUCCGCUCGAUGGAAGACACUCAGCCGCGGAAGAGUUUGGAAGGCAAACGAUCCAGUCUUUCUAAUCUCGGGAAGAAGUCUAUCUUCGCUGGGAAAUUUGGCGAUGCUUUCAAACGAUUUGAAGGUAGCCAGUCCGAAGCACCGCCUCCAGAUCGCACUCCUUCACCAUUCAAGGUCAUGGAGCGUAGAGACCUGACGCCAAUCGCUGGGUCGGAAGCCACGGACGGUCGAAGUGAUGAUGGUCAGGUCCACGGUGAGUCCGACGAGCUGACACCAGCAAUGCGCCGGGAGAUAGAGCAGAGGCAGCUUGAGGAAGAAGAAAGAAGGGUUGCUGCUGCGCAAGCUGAAUACCGCGCGCGGCUUGCCCAGCGUGGGGGAGCAAAACCUGGACCGCCUCCUGUCGGUGGCUCUUCAAGGGCAGUCGCAAUACAGAACAAGGUGCAAAGUCUUUUGGAUGAGAACGCACGGUCGUCCUCAAAUGUGAAGAAGACGGCAGAGGGUUAUGGCCAAUACACGAGACCCGCCGCGAGCUCUGCGCAACCCGAUACGAGACCAGAAAUACCGCGCAAGCCGAUUGGUAGCAGCGGAGGCUCCACGGGAGCGCCUCGUCCGAUGUCCAGCUCCAGCUCCCUCAAUCGAGCUGCAGGCACGGCAGGGCCGGAUUUCUCAAAACCCACACCGCCGCCUAAAGACCCUGUACACAGACCGACGGCGCCACCAAAGCCAGGACAUCUGAAUAAGACCUUGACGAGCAGCAGCAGUAAUCACACGCUCAGGUCGUCGUCGCCGCCCAAGCAGGGCAUGAGCACCACCGGGAUGCGGCAAACGGGCAAGUUGGAGGCACUCAUAGCCGCUGACCUCCCCGGCCAGCCAGUCCUGGAUAUGACGGCUGAGGAGAAGGAUGAUUACGUCCGCGACUUCUCCAAGAGGUUCCCCAGCCUGACAUCAAUCGAGAUGGUCGAACGAGACUUGUCUGCCGAGGAGAACAACAAGCCCACGGGGAGAUAG